AUGGCCCUCGCCGGCAGGACGGCGGCGUGGUGGGCCCGGCUGCGCAGCCCCUGCCCCGCUGCCGCCCCGCUCUGCCUUCCGCCCCGGCUGCCGGCGGGGCCCGUGGCGUGCGAGCGGCUGUACAGCUCCCGCGGCAAGGAAAAAUUAGAUAUGUUGAUGUAUCCUGUUGAAAGCAUUAGAAACUUCAGUAUUAUAGCUCACGUAGAUCAUGGCAAAAGCACGCUAGCAGACAGAUUGUUGGAAAUUACAGGAACAAUUGCUAAAACUGACCGUAAUAAACAAGUGCUGGAUAAACUGCAAGUGGAACGUGAAAGAGGAAUUACAGUUAAAGCACAAUCUGCAUCAAUCUUUUACAAUCAUGAAGGAGUAAACUACCUCUUAAAUCUUAUUGACACGCCAGGCCACGUAGAUUUCAGCUAUGAAGUAUCACGAUCACUGUCUGCCUGUCAAGGUGUCAUACUUGUAGUGGAUGCAAAUGAGGGUAUUCAGGCUCAGACAGUGGCAAACUUCUAUCUUGCUUUUGAAGCACAACUUGCAAUAAUUCCUGUCAUAAAUAAGAUUGACUUGAAGAACGCAGACCCUGAAAGAGUUGAAAAACAAAUUGAGAAGCUGUUUGAUAUCCCUGUAGAAGAAUGUGUAAGGAUUUCUGCUAAACAAGGAACAAAUGUUGAAAAAGUUCUUCAAAAGGUCAUUGAGAAGAUUCCUCCACCCCAAUGUAAUACUGCUGAUCCAUUGAAAGCCUUAGUGUUUGACUCCACCUUUGAUCACUACCGAGGCGUCAUAGCUAACAUUGCACUCUUUGGUGGGGAGAUUGAGAAAGGGCAUAAAAUUGUGUCUGCACACACAAAGAAAAGAUACGAAGUUAAUGAAGUCGGAAUUCUGACUCCAAAUGAACAGCCAACGCAUAAGCUAUAUGCUGGACAGGUGGGCUACCUGAUUGCUGGAAUGAAAGAAGUAACAGAAGCCCAAAUAGGAGACACACUGUUUUUGUAUAAACAGCCAGUGGAGCCUUUGCCUGGCUUUAAGUCAGCGAAGCCAAUGGUUUUUGCAGGAAUGUAUCCUGUAGACCAAACAGAAUAUAAUAAUCUCAAAAGUGCUUUGGAAAGGCUGACAUUGAAUGACUCCAGUGUAACUGUUCAUCGUGACAGUAGCCUUGCCUUAGGAGCUGGAUGGAGGUUGGGUUUCCUUGGUCUUUUACAUAUGGAAGUUUUUAAUCAACGUUUGGAGCAAGAGUAUAACAUGUCUGUUAUUUUGACUGCACCUACAGUUCCAUAUAAAGCUAUUCUUUCCUCAGCAAAGUUGAUAAAGGAGUAUGGUAAAGCAGAGAUUACUAUUAUUAACCCUGCUCAGUUUCCUGAUAAACUUUCAGUAUCUGAAUAUUUAGAGCCAACUGUUCUUGGUACUAUUGUAACACCUCAUGAAUAUAUUGGAAAAAUAAUCGCUUUGUGUCAGGAUCGUAGGGCAGUCCAGAAGGAUAUGUUGUACAUUGAUGAACGCAGGGUUAUGCUAAAAUACCUCUUUCCACUGAAUGAAAUUGUGGUGGAUUUUUAUGAUGCUCUUAAGUCUCUGUCUUCUGGUUAUGCAAGUUUUGAUUAUGAAGAUGCAGGGUACCAGGCAGCAGACCUUAUCAAAAUGGAUAUUCUUCUAAAUGGAAAUCCAGUUGAAGAACUGUCAACGAUCAUACACAAUGAUAAGGCAUAUGCUACUGGUAAAUUCCUGUGUGAACGUUUAAAAGAUGCUAUACCGAGACAGUUGUUUGAAAUAGCCAUCCAGGCUGCUAUUGGCAAGAAAAUCAUUGCAAGAGAAACGCUGAAAGCUUACAGAAAAAAUGUUGUGGCAAAAUGUUAUGGUGGAGACAUUACAAGAAGAAUGAAGCUUUUAAAGAGGCAGGCAGAAGGGAAGAAGUUGAUGAGAAAAAUUGGCAAUGUGGAAGUACCAAGAGAUGCCUUUAUACGUGUUUUAAAGAGACAAACUGACAAAUAGAGAUCAGGAAAUGAAGAGGAGAUAAUUACCCACUUCCUAGACACAUGAAAAAUGCUUACAAAGUACUGCCUCUGGCAUAUAUAAUGAAGGAUAUUUAAAUCUUUUUUAAAGGUAUGCACCGGAGUCCUUACUUGAUAGAUGCCAAAAUAAUUAUUUCAAAGGAAACUCUCACUGUGUAUUCAAGUAUGCUUUGAAUAAACAGACUUCCGCAUACAGUUUUAAGAAGAGCAUGCACAAGUAUGGAAAAAACUAUCCCAAAUUGACUUAUCUGCAGGUUAGUUAGUAAAUUCAAAAUUCAUCUUCUGCUUCAUUCUGCAAGAAAGUUACCUUUCCCUUUUCCAAUAAGAAGUACACUUGAUAAUUUCAGCCUCUAAUAAGUUUUCAGGAAGUUAGAAAAAAGUGAAGGGGAAUAAGAGUUAUUCUAGUUACCAGCC